CAGAGGCAAUGUCCACUUGCCAGCUGAACUGAGAGUUAUAUCCACCCUGCAAUGGACAUUUUCACUUGAUACAAUCUUUUAAAAUCUGAUAAAUAUGGAAGUCUGUCUUUGGAUUGUAUUUUUUAUGCUUUUUCCAGACUUAAAUAUGGGAUUGUUGUCUGACUACAAGAUCUGUGGGGAUCCAGAAUGUGAAAGUCCAAUGAGCAGAGUUCAGGCAGUAAAGAACCAUCAAGGAAAGGAUUGCAGAUUCCUGAAUUUCAGACGAGGAGACACAAUUUUUGUGUACCACAAACUGACGGGGAAACGAGAAGACCUCUGGGCAGGCAGUAUUGACAAACAAUUUGGCUACUUCCCAAAGGAUGCAGUACAAGAGGAGGAAGUAUUUGCAACAAUGAGGAAAGUGCUAGAAACCCAGGAAUCUGAUUUCUUCUGUAUGGACGAGUCUGGAUAUCCUCUUGACACGUCUCAUCUGGACACUGAUGAUGAUGAUGAUCUUAACUUUCAAGACCAUGAACCUGAAUCCAGCCAAAUCAGCCCACACUCUCAUGACAGAAAUGCUCAAGUUACUUUGAUGUCUACUGAAUCUACGGUAAAAGAAAGGGAAGAUGAAGGUGGAAACAAAGCGCUCGUCGAUGCAACUGAACUUCUCGAAGAUGAACUCAAGACUUCAGCAAUUCCAGAGCAACAAGGUGGGUCUCCCUCCUCCUCCUGGCUGCGUUCAUCUAUGACAGGAUGGUUAGGUUUUGCUAAAGAGGAGCAGUCAGGGGAUUCAGAACAAGAAGUGAGGGAAGAUGAGAAGAAGGAGACUAAAUCAGAAGCGUCACUCACAUCUUCUGUGACGGGCUGGCUGGGCAUUGGAGGAGAAGACAAUCCUAACAAUGAUGAAGACAGUGUGAAAGGUAGGGAAGAUACCUUUACCUCAACGAUGACUGGGUGGCUUGGCUUUGGUGAGGAGAAAAAAACUGUUGCUUCAGAAAACAAAGAAAAUGAAGAAACAGGUCAUGAGAAAGAGCCCACAGAGAAGUUUAGAAGUAGGAGGAUGUCUCUGGACCUGGAAGGCAGCAAAUUACAGGAAGAGGAGAAGGAAGACAUGGGGACAAUGGGUUGGCUGGGAAGUGGACUGGCGAGCAGGCUGGGGUUUGGCUCAAGUGCUCAGGAUUCAGAAGGAGAAGAUGUGGAAGUGAAGGAAGAGCAGCCAUCUAGUUCCUGGAUGGAGAUGGGAAUUGGGGGCAUUUGGGGUUUUGGGGGUAGUAACACUGGAGCUGAUGAAAGUGAAGAAAGUGGUAUUGGGGAGCCAGAAAGGGAUCAAAUGUUAGAACAACCAUCUGGAUUUGAAAGCCUGGAUAUCAGUCAGCCAGAAGCUUCAUUUUCAGAAGAAACAAAGACUAAAACGGUCCCUUAUACACUACCGGUCAGUGCUGAAAGUGGUGAUGCUGCAGAAGAUAAUAUUGAUCAUUCAAACACAGAGGACGUAAAUAAUUUAGAUAUUGAUGCAGGGAUUUUAAACAAAGAUGAUUCCAUUCAUAACUCUUCUCAAAUAGACGAUGAAAGUAUUGGUGAACAUAAUAUCAGAGAUAAACAAAUCAGUCAAAAUGAUGAGUUUAUUGAACAACCUGAAAUCAGUUCAGGUUCUGACCACAGCUUAGAGAAAUUACAUUCAAACUCCAUGGAGCAACUUGAAUAUAGCAUGGAGGAAAGUGAAAAUCAUGAUGUUCAAAUCGAGGCUCCGGGACGUUUGGAGGAAGAAGGUGCUGAAAUAACAAACCAGGUUCAUAAAAUUGAAGGAUCCACUCUAAUGUCAGAAAACAGUCCAGUUAACAGGGAUAAUUAUAUAGAAGAGCAUUUUAACAAAAUGACAGCUCCAUAUCAACAGGAAAAACUAGGAGUUCAGUCUGAAUUGCCAGAGGAGACUCAAGUCAGUGGUGAUCAAGAGGAAAGCAAUGAGCAGAGUCAGCUUGGCUCUUCCCCUUAUCAGGGAGAGGUAGGACUGCAGCAAGAAACAAAAACACAAACUGUGGAAGUCACUUCAAAGGAUGAUGCACCGUUACUUUCUGGAAAUACUGAAAGUCUGCAAGACAGUGUCUCAGAGGAGGGUUUGAAUGAAACCAAACCAAACAUUUACAUGACUAAAGAGUCUCCACAGAUUGUAAGAGACGGUGAUGUUGAUCGAUUCAAGGAAACUGUAACAGACCAGAAUGAACUAACUGAGGAAGAGACAUCAGAUUCUGAGAAUGAAGUUUUCAAUGGAAAUCAAAUGAAAUCAACAAUAGUUUCCGAAAGAGAAACUGAAGAGGGGUUAAAAGAAGAGGAAAAGGUAGAAAUUGAUAAACAGGAAGCGGUAAAGGUACAAGAACAAAUUGAGGGAGUAAAGCAAGAGGAACUGAAAAUGAAAUUGGAUGGCUUAAAUAAAGAGGAAACAGAAAAGGAAGAAGAGAUUGGAGAUAUUUCAGAGGAGGACAUGGAGUUAAGAGAGGAAAGGCAGGAGGAGAUAGAGGAGCUAGAUAAACUGGUAGAGGAGUUACCAGAGUACGGACAUCAGAUCAGAGAGGAAGAGUUAAAGGAAUCUGAGGAGCAAAACGAAAAAAAGGAGAAGGCAGAUGUUUCUGGGGAGCACUCAAGUCAGGAGGGGAUGGAGAUAGCAGAAGAAAGGCAGAAAGAGAUGGAAGCGGAGGGAGAAAAAUUAGAAACAGUAUUACUAGAGCAUGAGCAGGUCAAUGUGGAAAGGUUAAAGGAAUCAGUAGAGCCAAAUGAAAUAGGACAGGACGAAGAGGAGAAUAUGUCAGGUGUUUUCAGGUCAAGCUCAAGUCAGGAAGGGGCGGAGCUAGCAGAAGAAAGGCAGAAGGAAAUGGAGGAGGCGGAGGAGAGAGAGAAAAGCGUAGAGGAGUCACCAGAGCAUGGACAUCGGAUCAGAGUGGAAGAGUUAAAAGAAUUGGAAGAAGAAAAUGAAAAAGAGGAGAAGGUAGAUGUUUUUCUGGAGAGCUCAAAUCAAGAGGGGAUAGAGUUAGCAGAAGAAAGGCAGAAAGAGAUGGUGGAGCUAAAGGAGGGAGAGAAAUGGAAAACAGUAUUAGUAGAACAUGAGCAAAUCCAGACUGAGAGGUUAAAUGAAUCAGUGGAGCCAAAUGAAACAGAGAAGGAGGAGGAGAUGUCAGACGUUUCUGGGGAGAGCUCAGGUCAGGAGGAGAUGGAGUUAACAGAAGAAAGGGAGACUAAGAUGAAGAAGCUAAGUGAGGAAGAGAAACAGGUAGAUGAGUUACUAGAGCAUGGACAUCAGAUCAGACUGGAAGAGUUAAAGGAAUUGAAGGAGCAAAAUGAAAAUGAGAUAGCAGAUGACUCUGAGGAAAUGGAGAUGGAGUUAAAAAAAGAUGAGCGGGAGGCAGAGGAGCUAAGAAACCAGCAAAUAGGGGAUGUGUUACGAGGGGAUGAGGAGGGCACACUGGAAAGGUUAGAGGAAUCUGAGGAGCAAAAUAAACAAGCAGAAAAGGAAGUUGAAAACCAGGUUUGGGAGGGACAAUUAGAACACAAGCAAACUGACAUGCUGGAUAAUUCCAGCUUGGCUUCUUUGGUCUCUGAAAUGAACACACAGACUGAAAUCCAAAAAGACGAGGAGCAGGAGAUGAAGGAAGUAGAGAAACAGAACAAAGAUGAGCUUGAGAAAGAAAGCGAGCACCCAAAGAAGGAAGUGGAGGAUGAGAAUGUUGAAGUAGGUGGGUUUGAGGAUGGAGGACGGACUGGAACGAAGGUCAAUGAUGAUGGCGACUGGAAGAAAGACAGACAAGGUAAUGAUUUUGAAGAAGAAACCAGGAAAACUUAUGCUACAGAAACAGAAAAGGAAUUUCACAAAGACAGAGAAGAAAUGCAUGACUCUGCUGAAAGUCAAGUUCAGACAUCUGAGCAAACUGAGUCCACAGAGCCACCUCAGGGUACAGACAGUGAGAGUAGAGGAGCUUUUGGUCUUAUUGAAAACACCUUUGGAUUUUUCUCCCAAAAACCCACCCGUGAGAUGCCUGAGUCCACCAAGUCUGUUCAUAAUUUCAACACAAAUGAAGCUGAACCAUCACAACCUCACCCCUCCAUCACUCCAGAACUAGAGUUCCCCACAGAUUCAUUUCCUGCUGAAGUAACACACGCAGCAUUUCCAACAGAGCAACCGCAGACUCGUCCGCUUUCUGCUGAAAACCUCCCCCACAGCGCUCACUUGGUCACCAAAGAACUAUCCAAAACAAAACCCCUCACCAAACAUUACAAAAAUCUCCUCCACCACAUGAACGCGGAAGAUGCAGUUAUAUUAGAGGACCUCUUUGGCCGGCACAAACUGCAAUUUUUAGAUUACAUUGUGAAAAGUUCGGAGGCCGCCACUGCAGAGGAUGAUCAGUCAAUACUGUUGGAUAUAGAAAGACUUCUGCAACACAACAUGGAGACUCUUGUGGCUCCCAGCAUGAGCAUCACUGAUGCACCGCAGGAGGACAAACAAAGGACCAGUGCAAUUAUUGCACUGCAGAAGCUGGAAACUUUAUUGAAAACAGUGAAGGAGACUGUCAGCACAGGAAUAUCAGAUGUCAGUAAUCAUCAAGCUGAGCACAGUUCAAGCCAAGAAAAGGAAGAUAAUUCCCAAUCUGCUUCUUUACAUAAAGAUGAUGAUGAUGAUGGCAAACACAAAGAUUUGAAUAAUGAGGAGGAGGAAAGAAGAAUUGAAGGAAGUAAAGAUAAUAUUGCAUCCUUCCAUCUCACUCAGCCAGGAUCAAAAAAGAAAGGGGUAAUGAAGCAAACUCUGGAUUUCAUUCAUCGGGUAGCUGAGGACUCCAUAAAUUGUGCUCAAGCAGUGAUGGAAAUCCUUGUUUGGAUUCAUGUGCAGGCUGUGUCACUACUGCCUGAUGACAUGAGGCCAGGGCCAGACCUGUACGGUGUACCAUGGGAACCAGUAAUCUUCACUGGCCUGGUGGGACUGGUGACAUUCCUGUUGUUCACCAGUAGAUGUUAUAGAUCUAUAAAGAGCAGACUGUAUCAAAAAAAGGAAGAGAGGCUGGCUGGACAACUUACACAGCUGCUGGAUGAAAAGUGUAAAGUCCUCGAGACUCUCAGUCAGUGUCAAAAAGAGCAUGAUGACCUGGAGAAUUUACUCGGGGACAGCGGCGUUCUGGCUCAGACUCAAAAAUCCAAAGAUUUGGAGAGCCAAGCCGAACAGUUGGAACAGAGUAAAAAGCAGCUGGGAAUAGAUCUUGGACAUCUGAAGGAGCAGCUGUCCCAGCAACAAGAGCAUAAAAGGGAGCAAGAAAGGAGGAUAACCGUGCUUGAGGAAAGCAUGAAAGCAUGUGAAGAAGAAACCAAAGAGCUCCAUUCAAAAGAGGAGCAGGCACAAACCACUCUGAAGGUUUACAGCAUGAACAGCGAGAGACUACAGAGAAACCUGGAAACAGCAGAAGAGGAGAACACUGUUCUACAGGAGAGCAACAAUCAGUUGAAGCAGGAGGUGGAGGGAUGGGCAGAAAGAGUAAGCGAGCUGGAGGAGGAGAUGCAGAGGUGCGAGGUCGCCCACAGCGCAAUGCUGCAGGAUGUGGCCAUCAAGGAUGAUCGUAUAAUGUCCUUGACGGAUCGGCUGCUCCGAAUGAAAUGCUGGGAUUCAGAUCUAGAGGGUGAGAAGGGAGGAGAAAAGGAAGCGACCAAUGGGACGCCGGGAGAAGAAGACGACGCCCACCUGCAGAAAGUCCAGAAACUCCUCUUUGCUGCUAAGCUGAAUGCAGACCUCAAAUCAGUGGAUGAAGAUAAAGACAGAGUGUUUGCGAAGCUGAAUGAUGAGAUCAAAGCAAAAGAAGACCUGCAAGUGAGUAUUGAGGAGAUGGAGAAGGAGAAGUUGUCCCUGCAAUCUGACACCGAGAAGUAUACGGGCCAGGUCGAGCGGAUACAACAGAAACUGCAAAUCAUGACAGAAAUGUACCAGGAGAACGAGCUCAAGCUGCACAGAAUGCUGACUGUGGAGGAGAAGGAGCGUCACCAGAAGGAGGAGAAGUUGAACAAAGCUGAUAAAAACAUUGCAAUGGCGAUGGAAGAAUUGAACAACUACAGAAAACGAGCGGGGGAGAUGGAAGAAGAGCUGGAGAAAACCAAGCAGUCGUAUCAGACUCAAAUCUCUGCUCAUGAGAAGAAAGCUCAUAAUAACUGGUUGGCAGUGCGGUCAGCAGAGCGAGAGCUGGGAGACAUCCGAAGAGAGAACGCCCUCCUCAGACAAAAACUCACAGAUACUCAGUUUAAACUGGAUUCCCUCGAGAAAGACCCGUACGCCUUGAACAACCUGGCUAGACCGCUGCCUUUCCGAGCUGAAAGGUCGCCUUAUGGUCCUUCUCCUCUGAGCCGACCCUCAUCUGAAACGAGACCUUUCCUCUCUCCUCCAACACUGAUGGAUGGGCUGCCUGGUAGGCUGUCUCCCAGAGUAUCUCGUGGUCUAAGGGAGCCCCCAAGUGGCCAAGCAGAGAUGGAGCGCAGUGGAGGUUCUCAUUCAGACAGCGGUUCAAACUCUCCCACAUGGGAGAGAGAUCGCAGGGGUCCCCCACCAGGACCUCCUGGGCCUCUUGUACCCCCAGGCUACAUGUUUCCAGAACCAGGAGGUCCCAUGUUCAGGAGACCCCCUCCUCCUCCUGGGCCCCUCCCACCUGGCCAUAUGCCACCUAGAGGUCUCCCCAUGGGACCGCCUCACCCUCUAGACAUGGCAGACGGCUCGUUCAGAGAAAACCGUCUUGGACCCGGUGAACAGGACCACAGAGAGUCUGGUCCUGGAGGUCAGAGGACUCCUCCUGAACUGGAUCUGAGGAUGGGUGGCCCUCCUCCACCUGGACACCCAGGGAUUCCUAUAGAUGGCCCUUUUCCCCGUAGAGCCCUGUAUGGACCCCCUCCCCCUCCUGAUUUCUACCAUCCCAGGAUACCAGGGGGUCCUCCCAUGAGGCCCAUGUGGCCUCCCCAUCCUCAAGGAAUGAUGCUUCCUCCUCGUUUCUCACCUGGCGGACCUCUUCCUCCCGCUCCUAAUCCCAACGCUUCCUACGGCCCCCCCAUGGCGCUACCUCCAUCCGAUGGCCCUCCUCCUCCCCGUCAGCGGUCCCUGCCUUCUCCACCCCAGAGCCAGCCACACGAGAACAGACCUUCGCCUGAAGAUGCCAUCUAACCUUGACAGUUUCCACGAGGAUUCAUUUCAGCUCAGCAGCAGAUGGAAGAAAGGUGGAGUUCCCUUCAUUCUGCCCCAGCUAUUUAUUGGCCAGGAGGGGAUAUUUACUGAACGGUGUUCGUAGAGCAGAAACAUCAACCUCCAUCAUGCCGAUUUGUUGCUGUAAGAGCCUCAGUUCUGUUUGUCCUACAUGUAAAACCUUUUCUUCUCCACCUUGUCAUCCAACCACUUCUUCAUUUUAAAAUCAACAGCUUAGUUGAUGCUUAACUUCUACCUUUGUGGGUUAAAGGUGUCAUAUUGGCAAGACACAUUGUUACCUGGAUCUUAUGUUGAAAAUGCACAUAGACUGUUUGACAUUUGUCUGCAAUUCAGGUCAACGACAGAGAAAGAAAAAUAAAUGAACACAACUUAUUUUGACAGAAACACACCUUUUAUGCCUGACAUGGUUACUUUUUCCCCCACACUAGAGUUUUUAAAAUGCUUUUUUUUUUUAAGCAUUUUUAUUACUGUUAAUAUAAUUUUCUUUAAAACAGCCGGGUCAACAUACUUGAUCUUCUUCCUUAGAGGUCAAAUGAGUACGUUUUCUUAAAAUUCGCUAAAAAUUCUGAGUUCCCUUUGAAAUUCAAUAGACUUUCCAUUCACCUUUAGUUUCAAACCAGGAGAGCAGGUGUAUAGCGGUGCUUCUGAUGCCCUUACAGUGACUGACAAAUGAAAACUGUGACUCCAAUCAAGUCAAACGGACUGACUGGAAGAGAGGCUCCCAGAUGUCAGCUUUGUGAAUUUUGUAAAAAGUGAUUAUUUGAUAGAUGAAUAAAGACUUUUAAAAUUUUC